CCGGAACACUUCUUUUUAACAGCAUGGUCUCGAGCUUGAUUAUCAGACAUCUGCAGUCAGACCGUGAGUUUGGAGAGUAAAGGGUUAAAGACAUAGCCCUCCGUUUGGGAAGACGCUGCUGGGGUAUGUAACCCCCCCCUUACACAAACAGACGGUGGCCUCUGCUCGGACACACUGACAGUAACACAGUCUGUUCCACUUUCUCUGAACAAGCUCACAGUCAUGUUACGGUAACUACAGCGGACCAAGUCUGCUGCCCGGCUCGGCUGAGUCCGUCCUCUCCUUCCUCUUCACCGCUGCGAAUCCAAGCCAAGACACCCGAGGAUGUACGGAGGGACACGGGGUAGCAAAGGUCAGCGGGCCGGUUCGCUGCUCUCAUCGGUGAUAAAGUAGACACUAUUUGUCUUAAUAGGAACGGAUUUUUCUCGCAUGAACCCGGGAAGGAAUAGGCUCUGUUUCGGGGUAUUGUCAGAGACCCAGGAUGAGGAGCCCCACAGUCCCUCGGAUGGUUUUUGCCUUGUGUCUUGGAUGUUUCAUUAUGGUGCUCCUCUACUUCAACAGCAGUCUAAAGCUAGCCUCAGAGCCUCUCGGUGACAGGAGCAGUGGGCAGAAGUCAAGGAGGAGUCCUCUACAGACGCUUUAUGAUGGCGACCAGGUGGAGUCCGCAGUGCAGGCGAUCCAUCAAGGCCGUCGGGAGGUGUUAGAAGAAGCCUGCCGCUCCUACACCCGGAAACGCAGAGUUCUUAUCCCAGAGGACCUGAAGCACGUCAUCGUGGAUGACCAGCAUGGCUUGCUGUAUUGCUACGUCCCCAAAGUGGCCUGCACCAACUGGAAACGGGUGCUUAUGGUUCUGACUGGUGCAGCUGGAUCCCACCAAGACCCACUAUCAAUCCCUGCAAACGAGGCCCAUGUUCCAGGAAACCUCCGCACUCUGUCGGAGUACUCCACCUCCCAGAUCAACCAGCGCCUGCGCUCCUACCUUAAGUUCGUCUUUGUCCGUGAGCCUUUUGAGCGGCUGGUGUCCGCCUACCGCAACAAAUUUACCCGAAGCUACAACACAGCUUUUCAUAAACGAUAUGGCACAAAGAUAGUGCAGCGGCACAGACCCAAUCCACAGGCUGAGGCUCUGGAGAGAGGGAACGAUGUCUCCUUUGCGGAGUUUGUGUAUUACCUUGUAGACCCGGCCACCCAGCGAGAAGAGCCCUUCAAUGAGCACUGGGAGCGGGUGCAUUCGUUGUGCCACCCCUGCCUCAUCCACUACGAUGUGGUGGGGAAGUACGAGACGCUGGAGCAGGACUCCCGCUAUGUGCUUCAGCUGGCUGGGGUGGAUAGUAAGGUCAGUUUUCCCACCUCGUCUAAAAGCACAAGGACUACAGGAGACAUGGCGGCCCAGUUCUUCCAAAACAUCAGCCCCUUCUACCAGAAGAAGCUGUACAACCUGUAUCGCAUGGACUUCCUGCUCUUUAAUUACUCUGUUCCAGCCUACCUCAAUUUCAGAUGAGGCUGGGACUGUGUUUUUAGGCUCACCACGGACCACUGCAAAAAUGUUUGCUGAUUGGACUCAAAAGUAAUUUAAUGACUUUUUACAGACAAGUUCAUCAGGCACACAGAGGAUAUAAAAGGAAUUAAAACAAUCUGAAAAAACUAUUUACUGUAAAAUGAUUCAGUGGAUUUGGGUCACUGACAUUGAAUGUGCUAUGCUAUUUAAAUUCUGGAUGAACUUUGGGUUUUCUUCUGUUAUAAAUGUGUUAUUUUCUUUAAAUGUAACCUAUGAGAGAUUUUAAGUAUUGCAGUCUUCAUUGAAUGUCUACAGAUGUAUGUGCCUUUAAAUGAGCCUUUUUUUCAACCAAGCAGACAACAUUUUUAACUGUGACUCUUUAUUUUUGUGCUGCAGGAAAAGACUGAUGUGCAACAAUGGUUCUGUCUUAAUUUAUUGUGUUGCCUUUUACUGCUUAAGGGUGAAAAAAAACCUUUUUAACAGUUUCUGUUACAAUUUUCAAAUAAAUCUAAUACAGCAAGAA